AUGAGCAAGAGUAUUCAAGAGCUGAGGGAGGAGCUGGAAAGGAAAUCCAAAGAGACCUUGAAACUCCAGGAGGACGCAAGCAAGGUCUCGGUGGACUCCAUCUUUCGUCAAGAAGGCACUUCUUCUCCGUGCUCUGGGAUGCAUUCAAGUCCUUCUACUCCGUUUACGGGCAGCCCGAAGCAAGGGACUUCAGGGAGAUGCAGCACGGUGACAGAGACCACCUCCUGCUCCAGUGCCCCCAGCAGCCCCUCCAAGCACUUGUACUCCAAAUAUGAAGAAGACCUUGGGAGCUCCAGGAGGGGCAGCGGCAGCUCUGGGAAACAGCACACGGAGAACAUCUUGGAAGAAUAUUCGCAGCAAGUCCAAGAUCUGCAGAAGAAGCUAAAUGAAGCUACAGAGGUGCACGAGAAGCAGAAGUUCACUUUACGGCAGACGGUCAUUGAGUUGCAGACAAGCCUUCGGGAGGUACAGAGGGAGAAGGACUCCAUUUGUGACCUCAGACGAAGAGAAUCCCAAACCUCUCAGGAUAUGUGCGCUGAGCUGCGGGUGAGGAUCAAUGAGCUGGAAACAGCCAAUCACCUUCAGGAGGAGAUGCUGAAGGAGGCCAAUAACCAAACGGAGCACCUGAAGACCAUGGUGCAGGCCCACGAGGAAGUGCUCCAGCAGCUGCGGGACAUCCUGGUCGAUUACGAGCAGCACUCCGGCAAGAAGGUCUGCGGAGGCGAGAGCGCCUCCAGCCUGCACAUCCGGAACCUGCCUACAGUUUUUCUUAAGAUCCUUCGAGACCUCGAGGCAGAAGUGAUGCACAUCAAAGAGAUGAUCGCCCCGCUGGAAGAACAGCUGGAACAGAUGAAGAAAGAGUCAGUGUCCAAAACUCAGCUUCUGCUUCAGCAGCAUCAAGAGAGCGUUGAAAGAUUGAUGAGCGAACAGGAAAUGGAACUGGAGGCACUGAACGAAAAAGCUGAGGCUUCCCACAGUCACGCAUCCAACAUCCAAAGCCAGCUGGAAAUCAUUCAAGAACAGGCAAAAAACCAGAGUUCUGUGUACAUGCGGCAGAUCGGUCAGCUCGAAGACACAGUUUCUCAGCUACAUUCGGAGCUUCGAGAAACAAGGAGGAUGUCUGAAGACAAGAUCGAGGAUCUGGAGAAGCAGCUGCAUUUGGCUCGUUCCGAGAUGUCCGAAACUCAGAGCGAAAGAAAUCAGGUCAGCCAAGAAAGCGGAAAUCUGGACGAUCAUUUUCAGCAGCUAUCGGCCAAGCUGCACCGGACAGACACGGAGCUGAAGCUGGAGAAGGAGCAGAACAAGAGGCUCUGGGACCGCGACACGGGCAGCAGCAUCACCAUCGACCACCUGCGGAGAGAGCUGGACAACAAGAACAUGGAGCUGCAGCGCAUGGAGUCCCUCGUCAGCUCCGUGAAGAUGGAGUGCCAGGAGCAGAUGGAACGGCAGAUGUCUGCGAUCAAAGAGAAGAACGAAAGCCUCGAGAAGGCGGCCAGCGUGACCACCCAGCAAGAGUCCACCCAGGAAACGCUCCGUAAAGUUUCCGAGGAGCUGUCAGAAACGAAGCUAAGCCUGGAGUCCGCGGAGAGGCAAGUGGCAGAGCUGACAGCCUGCCUGCAAGAGAAAGAGAGGACAAUUGACAUGACCAACAGCGAAAUCCAGAGUCUCCGGGCCCGGGUGGACAGCAGGCUGCACGAGCUCCAGCAGCUGAAGAACGAAAGCGAUCGUCUGCGGAGCACACAGGCCGACUGCGAAGCCUUCAGGCUGCGGGUGACAGAGAAGGAGAAGGUGAUUGAGAUCUUGCAGAAGCAAAUCGACAACAUGACCCAAAUUCUGGGCCAGCACAGCCGGACGGCUGGCGCCACGGAGAUGGAAAAAUCGCAGCUUUUGAAAGAACUCGGCGACAAAAAACAGGAGCUCCAAGGACUUAAGUUUUCUCAGGAGAAGAAAGACAUCCGGAUUAAUGAACUAGAGGCCAGCCUGAGUUUGAUGGAACUGGAGAAGGUGAAACUGGUAAACAUCAACACCGAGUUGAUGCUGGAACGGGACGAGCUGGUAGAGAAAGUGAAAUCUAGCCAACUGGAGCUUGCUGCGCUCGAAGAGGAAGUGGAUGCGGUCAAGAGUGAUUACCAACUGAAGAGCGAAGAGCUGGAAACUUCUGUGAGCAAGCUGAGGAUCCAACUCAAGACUGCCCGGAUGGAGCUGGAACAAACCAGGGGCACCUUAAGGACCAUGGAAGGAUCUGAUGGUCACGCCAUGAAGGUUGCAGUGGGAAUGCAGAAGCAAAUCACAGCCAAGCGAGGACAGAUCGACGGUUUACAGAGCAAGAUUAAGUUCUUGGAGGAGGCAAUGACCAACGCGACUAAGGAGAAGCAUUACCUGAAAGAAGAGAGGAACAGGUUGAGUCAGGAGCUGAGCUAUCGGUCCUCUUUGAACAACAAGCUGUUGGGAGAGCUGGAGAUUCUGAGGUGCCAAAAUAAAUGCAUGAAGGAGAAACUGGCUGCCAUGGAGGCAGCCUUUGAUAAGGCCUCUGUGCAGUUUGCAGAAUGCCAGUGCCUCAUGCAGCGUCAGGAGCAAGAACUGAUGCGCUGCAAACUUCAGCACGCUUUGGAUGUGAAGGAGCUGCAGGGGCCUGGCUAUAAACUGGGCUCCUCUCCCAUGAAGCCGCGCCAUUCAGCCCUGCCUCACUCCAGCCACAUGCCUAUUAUCUCAUCCAGGUCCAUCUCAGCAAAGGUGGACCCCUUUUGCAAUUUAAAGCAACUUUUCCAAGAACUGCAAAGCAUAGUUGACUAUAUCCCCACUGCAGUACAUCCCAGGAGAGAGAGCGACAGCGAGAGUGACUUGCUGAUGGGAGCGGCGAGCAGUACUCGACACCUCCCCAGCAAAGAACGUAUAGGCAAAAGACCCCAUGACUCUUACAGGAAGGAGAUCCCAAGCAGAGAUUUACCAACCGAUGUCCCUGCAGGCCAAGAUACUUCCAGCAGGGAACCUUUAUUGUUGCAUGCGGCAGACCUUGAGGAUCCAGAUCCUACGCUCACUUUCCCAUCCAGCGCGUCUCGUACGAUCUUCACAUCCACUCCUCGGUAUGCCGCUUUGAAGAAACUGUCUCCGGAGGAGAAGUUCAAAGAGAGGUCUCCUGUACACACACUGCUAACUGCUCCCCUGGAUGACCUAAAAGCAGCUUCCAGGCCCUCUUUGGAACGUCGCUCAUCUCCAAAGAGCAGCUCCCCGGAAGCUUCAACCUCCUGUAGGUGUGCCUCCUUCACUGCCAGAGCGGCCACGCAGGCCGUGGAAGUCGGUGGAAGCGCAUGCCGGAAAUUACAGAGCAAAAUGGAGAGUCUGCAAAACCUGCUGGAGUCACUACAUUUGGAAAACCAAGCCAUGUCCUCCAUGAUCAGAAGCCAGGAGAAGAAGAUCGAGAAAGCGAAGGAGAAAGAGAAGAAGCUGUCCAAAUGAAAAAAGGC